AUACAGGGAAAUCUUUAUUUGCAUUUAGCUAUAAAUGCUAGUAAAUAUGUACCGAUAUUUACACAUGAAUCAAAUAUGCCAUACCACCCCAUAAUGGUAUUAAAAUAUAAAUAAAAAAAAUUACUACAACUAUAUAUUAUGCAGAGAGUAAUGCUUUUAUCUUCAGCUUUGCUUGAGGAACAAUUAAAGGAUUGAAUAGGAGACAGUUGGAGAUACUUUCUCUCUCCUGAAGGUGGCAGUCUUCCUUUGGGGGGGAAAGAGUCGGCGUCGACAACGAAGAAGAACGUGUCUAUGACGUUAAUGACGACGAAGCGACAACAACCAAUCAAGUGGCAGAAACGAAGAUGGCGGAAUCGGAGUUGAGUGUCAGGAGUUGUCGGGAAUUGUGGACCAUACUUCUGGGAAGAUCUGCACUGCGGGAGCCGGCUCAGAUAGAAGCAGAGCUUGACAGGCACUGGAACAGACUAGUGCAAGGACUUACCUACUACAAGCCACCCAGCUCAUCCUCUGCUGGGAAAGUGAAGGAAAACAAAGAUGUUGCACAGCCACUGAAGGAUUUUGGUUUGCGGAUUAGUAAAUUAUUGGGUCUUGAUGAGCAGCAGAGUGUGCAGCUUUUACAGGGCUACCUACAGGAAGACUACAGAGGAACCCGUGAUUCCUUAAAGGUUGUUCUAAAGGAUGAGCGACAAAGCCAGGCACUUCUCCUGAAGAUUGCUGACCAUUACUAUGAUGAGCGCCUGUGCCUUCUCAGAUGCGUCCUGCUCCUGCUGACAUAUUUUCAGGAUGAACGACAUCCCUACAGGGCUGAGUAUAGUAACUGUGUAAAUAAACUGGAGAAGGAUUUGGUGAGCAACUAUAAGUCACAGUUUGAGAAGCUCUUCAAAGCAGAAGCACCAACAUGGGAAACUCAUGGAAACCUUAUGACGGAGAGGCAGGUGUCCCUUUGGUUUCUUCAGUGUCUGAGGGAACAGUCUGUGCUGUUGGAGAUCAUCUUUCUGUAUUACGCAUACUUCGAGAUGAGCCCGGCUGACCUGCUGAGCUUCACCAAAAUGUUCAAAGAGCAAGGCUUCGGUUUGCGGCAGACAAACAGACACCUAGUAAACAAGAGCAUGGACGCGCUGGUGGACCGCAUUGGAUAUUUGAGCUCUCUCAUCUUGGUUGAGGGAAUGGACAUAGAUUUCCUGCAUAAGUGUGCUCUGGAGGACUCUACAGAUCAACAUCAGUUCUCCAGUGCUCCUGAUGUGAUCAAGGAGAUAGAUCAGCUGCUGCUGACGUUUGGUGACAUCCCUCAUCACGGGCCGGUGCUGCUAGCCUGGGUCCUACUGAGACACACUCUGCGGCCGGACGAGUCCAGCCCCGUGGUCAGGAGGAUAGGCAACACCGCCCUGCAGCUCGGGGUGUUCAAGUACAUUUCAACCAUGCUGAAAGGCCUUGGAGUCUCAGGAAACAAUUGCACAGCAAGCACAGCCAAGAUGUGCGUCUACGGCCUCCUCUCGUUUGUGAUCACUUCUUUUGAAGAGGAAAGCUUACAGACAGACGGCGUGGCGACUCAGUGCUCGCAGCUGAUCGAUGCUGCCUGUGAGGUCCUGUCUGCUCCCAGUCUGGCUGAGGUCUUUUGGGAAAUGAAACCAAAUAUGGGAUUAGGAAUGAUCCUUGACAGUGCUGUGGGGAUGUUCCCUCAUAAGAUCGGACCACUGUUACAGCUGCUUACCGCUCUUUUGUCAAACAAGUCAACAGUUAAAAAGGUUUACAACCUUUUGGAUAAGAUGUCUUUCUACACACAAGUUUACAAACACAAGCCCAGUGACAUCAUCUCGAAGGACGACGAGACACUGUGGAAGAGACAAACGCCAAAACUCCUGUACCCUCUCGGCUCGGGGCAGACCAACCUGUGGAUGCCUCAGGGAGUGCUGGGUCAGGUGAUGAUUGGAGGCGAGCAGGGCUAUGUGGUCCGCUGGGAUUUCUCCUACAGCUCCUGGACGCUCUUCACCUGUGAGGUGGAGAUGCUGCUCCACGUUGUUUCAACUGCAGAUGUUUUAGCACACUGUGCUCGUGUGAAGCCCAUCCUGGAUCUGGUCCAUAAGAUCAUAAGCACAGACUGGACCGUCUCUGAUUGUCUGCUGCCUCUCACUUCACGCAUCUACAUGUUGCUGCAGAGAUUGACGUCAGUGAUCAACCCUCCUGUGGACGUGAUCGCCUCCUGUGUCAACUGUCUCUCUGUCCUGGCUGCGAGGAUGCCUGGAAAGGUGUGGUCCAGUCUGCACCACACAGGUUUCUUACCCUUUGCCUCCAACCCUCUGACCAGCAUGGCUCAAUGUGUGAGUGCUGAAGGGAUGAAGGCAGGUAACUAUGGUAACCUGCUGGUGCAGAUUGAGCAGCCUCGAGGGGAGUACGCUGUGACCAUUGCCUUCCUUCGUCUCAUUACAACCCUGGUCAAGGGUCAGCUUGGCAGCACUCAGAACAAAGGCCUGAUCCCCUGUGUGCUGCUGGUGUUAAAGGAGAUGCUGCCCACGUAUCACAAGUGGCGUUACAACACCUAUGGAGUCAGGGAGAGGAUAGGUUGUCUUAUUUUGGAGCUGAUCCAUGCUAUCCUCAAUCUGAGCCCAGAGGGAGAGGAUCAGGGCAGCACUCCCACCCUGCAGACUCUGUGCAUCUACAGCCUGGCAAACACUGAGGCUGGACAGGCGGUCGUCAAUAUUAUGGGAGUUGGAGUUGACACCAUAGAUGUAGUCCUGGCUGCACAGCCCAGCAGCUGUGGCUCUGAGGGUCCCGGUCAGAUCCUGAUCCAGACAGUCAAACUGGCCUUCUCCGUCACCAACAACGUCAUCCGCCUGAAGCCGCCGUCUGACGUCGUGUCCCCUCUGGAGCAGGCACUGACGCAGCAUAGUGGCCAUGGCAACAAUCUCAUAGUUGUCUUGGCCAAAUAUAUUUACCACAAACACGACCCAGCGCUGCCUCGCCUGGCAAUCCAGCUGCUGAAACGUCUCGCCACGGUGGCUCCCAUGUCAGUGUACGCCUGCCUUGGCAGCGACGCAUCAGCCAUCAGGGAUGCGUUCCUCACUCGGCUGCAGAGCAAAACAGAAGACAUGAGGAUCAAGGUCAUGAUCCUGGAGUUCCUAACUGUUGCUGUUGAAACGCAGCCUGGCCUCAUUGAGCUUUUCCUCAACCUGGAAGGCAAAGAUGGAAAGGAAGGGUCCAAGGAGUUUCUGUUGGGUGAGUGGAGCUGUCUUCAUGUGGUGUUGGACCUGAUCGACUCCAAACAGCAGGGGAAGUACUGGUGUCCCCCCCUGCUGCACAGAGCGGCCCUGGCCUUCCUGCUUGCUCUCUGGCAGGAUCGCAGAGAAAGCGCCAUCUCUGUCCUGCGUAAAAAGGAGAGAUUUUGGGAGAAUUUGACAACCCCUCUCUUUGGAACCCUCACUCCACCUUCAGAGACCACAGAGCCUUGUGUUCUGGAGACGUGUGCUUUUGUCAUGAAAAUCAUCGGCCUGGAGAUCUACUACGUUGUCAGCGGUUCCUUGGAGCAGUCUCUAAAGGACGGCCUUCAGAAGUUUUCCAAUGCACGACGAUAUGAGUACUGGUAGUAUGUCAAGUCUCUGGUGUGCCAUAUAGCAGAGAUGGAGGAGGAGGGAAUCUGUUACUUUCCUGAGACCCAGAUGUUGAUCUCUGCCUGGAGGAUGCUGCUCAUACUCUCCACUAGCCAUUCCGAUGUGAUGCAGCUAACGGAAGACUCAACCAAACUGAAGCUUUUUAUGGAUGUUCUGGAGGAGACCAAAGCUGCUCUCACUACACCCAUGUCUGUGCCUUGUCUUCGUCUUGGAUCCAUGAUGGCCACUCUACUACUCAUCCUGCUGAAACAAUGGAAGAGUGUGGUAGCUACAGCCCCUGACAUCCUGUCUCCGCUCUCCCUCAUCCUGGAAAGCGUCCUGCAGGCCGACCAGCAGAUGAUGGAGCGGACCAAAGCCAAAAUCUUCUCUGCUCUCAUCUCUGUGCUGCAGAUUCAGGGACUCAACGGCGGAGAUAUUUCCCAACUGCCCCAGCUGUUGUUGUCCGUGUGUGAGACGGCGAAAGAUGAAGCCUUGGCGCUCAUCGAUAAUACUCGCCACAUGAACCAGGCAGGAGAAACAGUGGAGGACGAGGACGUCAUGGAAACGGACUCUCCCCGCGGCCAACAGAAGGACCAGAGAGACGGGGUGUGUGUGCUGGCUCUGCACUUGGCGAAGGAGCUGUGUCGCACCGAUGAGGAUGGGGAGCAUUGGGUCUCAGUGAUGAGGAAGGUGCCGGUCCUCCCUUCAGUGCUCAGCGCUGUGGAGCUCAGCCUACGAUCCAAACACAACCUCUACUUCACUGAGGCCGCACUUCACCUGCUGCUCACACUGGCCCGCACGCCACAGGGGGCAGCAGCGGUGGCAGGAGCAGGAGUCAUCCAAACUAUUUGCCUACCUCUUCUGAGUGUCUAUGAGGUGUCUUCAAACGGAACAUCACAGAGUUUCUCUCGCAAGUCCCAGGACUCGGCCUGCUGGCCCGGUGUGUACCGCCUCUGCAUGUCUUUAAUGGAGAGUCUGCUGAAGACUCUGCGCUACAACUUCAUUAACGAAGCUCUGGACUUUGUGGGAGUCCAUCAAGAACGAAUACUUCAGUGCCUGAACGCAGUGCGGACAGUUCAGAGUCUGGCCUGUUUGGAUGAGGCGGAUCACACGGUUGGCUUCCUGCUGCAGCUCUCCAGCUUCUGUAAAGAGUGGCAGUUUCACCUCCCCAAGCUGCUGCGAGAUAUACAGGUGAACUUGUGCUAUCUGUGCCAGACCUGCACGUAUCUGCUCCACAGCAAGAAGAUGCUCCAUCACUACCUCCAGGCGAAAAAUGGGGAAGCGUUGCCCCCUGGUCACCUCCCCAGGCCACAGCGCCCCCCCCAAACUCCGACGAAAGAGGCCGCAGGCGGAGGAGAGAGGGAGGAAGCUGAGCAAAAAGCCCUGCUGGCUGUGCAGUGCAGCCUCCUGAAGAUCCUCAGCAAAACUCUAGCAACUCUGCAGCACUUCACUCCAGACUGCUGCCAGAUCCUCCUGGACCAGAGUAUGGAUCUGGCAGAGUAUCAUACCCUGUUCGUGCUCAGCUUCACGACGCCGGCGUUUGACCCUGACGUGGCUCCAUCGUUCGGGACCCUGCUGGCCACCAUCAAUGUGGCUCUCAGCAUGUUGGGCGAGAUGGAGAAGAAGAAAGAGCCUGUUUCACUGAGCAUCGUCUCUCUGGCCUCAUCGGAGGAGAUCCAAGCUCUCAAGUCCCUGCUGAUGUUCACCAUGGAGAACUGUUUCUACGUGCUCAUCUCUCAGGCGGCUCGGUGUCUCAAAGACCCCUCCAUCCUCCCUCGAGACAAACAGAGGCUCAAACAGGAGCUCAGCUCUGAACUGAGCACCCUCCUCUCCAGCUUGUCCCGACACUUCCGCCGGGGCUCUCCAUCAUCCCCGGCCAGUGGCAUCCUCCCCUCCACCCAGUCCAAACCCCCCACACCGGGCUCCAAGGCAAGCCAUGAAGGUCAGGAGCCGUUCAUCCAGCUGGUUCAGGCGUUUGUCAGACUGGUGCAAAGAUAGAAAUACUGAACAGCUCCAGAUGAAAAACCUGAAGUACAACCCGACCUCGUUAUGAAAUCGGGGAGAACUAUCUUGUGAUAUGCCUUGUUUUUAUGUACAAAGUGAUUUCUGUCAUUUAAACUUGUGACAAAGAGAGUUUAUUCUGAUAUGUUUGGAGCCAUCUUUUUUGUUUUAAACUUUUCAUUUUGCCAAAACAGCUGUCGUAACGUGACCACAACCAAAGUGUUUACUCCGAAAGGCCAAUGAGAAGCUGCAUGAUUGUUUCAAACAAACAUGUCAUAUGAAGAGAUCUGGGUGCUACUAAAACAUCAGUCGCUGACUGUGGUUCUUUUUUCUGAGGCCUAGUUUUAUAGGUCACCUCGAUAUUACCUUAGGAAUGACCAGACAUGUUUCAAGUGCUUAAAAAUAAUACAACCUUUUUAAUUCAUCUUCUCCUAUAUAGACUAGAUGUAGAACAUUUUCUUGUACUUUUCUAAUUCUCUUCACUAACUCCGUCUGAACUUUAUUUUCUUAUCUCUCUUCAUCCAUGUACACGUUUUGAAGCAGCUCUCAAGAUUUGUACUUGAAAAAAAAAGUAUGUUUAUGCCAAUAAAGGGACUUUUGUACCACAA